CCCCAGAAAAAACCCGCCUACACCUUCGACUUACAAGAACCAAAACGUUCAAGACUUCUUCAUCUCUUCUUCAUAACAACUCAAUAAGCCUUUAGGUAACCCUUUAGGUAACUAACGUCGCUUGGAUAGAUUAAUGAAUGAAUGAAUAAGAGAGAUUAUUACCUUUCUAGCCGGCCUGACCCAAUUCUCAUAACUUAUUUCUCAUAAUUUAUUAGACAGUUCAUUAUCCCCAGCCUUCUGUGCCCUACACCAAUCCAAACAAUUCGUGGCCCUUCGUUUACAUUAUCCAACUCGAAACUAUGCCGAGCACGGACGAGUGGCGAGAAGCAAAGCUAAGGCAUGUGGUCCUUCAACCCAAAGCCACUGCAAAACCGCCCUAUUCUAUCGAAUCGCCUGGAGCCGAAGCUGUUGCGGGCGAGACGAAACCCCGUAGACAUCCCUUGACAAAGGAUGGACUCAUCACCAAGCCUUCCGAUGACAUUACCACCGCCUAUGAGCUCCUACGAGUGAGCGUUGCCAAGUUCGGCAAUGCAAAAGCUAUGGGCUCUCGACGCCUCGUGCGCACCCACCAGGAAAGCAGAAAGGUCAAGAAGAUAGUGGAUGGCCAGGAGCAAGAGGUGGACAAGGCUUGGACAUUUUUCGAACUCGGUCCUUACGAAUACCUCACAUACAAUGACUUCGAGAAGUUGGUCUUAAAUCUUGGCUCCGGCCUGAGGAAACUUGGUAUGAAUAAAGGGGACAGAGUUCAUAUCUUCGCUGCCACGAGCGCCAAUUGGCUGGCUACCUCACAUGCCGCCUCCUCCCAAUCCAUGCCAAUUGUAACCGCCUACGACACGCUCGGCGAGGAAGGACUGAAACAUUCCAUGGUUGCCACAGGUGCCAAGGCCAUCUUUUUGGACCCUCAUCUAAUACCUACGCUCGGCAACGUCCUCAAGGAUGCCACCGAAGUCCGUUACGUGAUUUGGAACAACCAGCAUCAAGUUAGACAGGAACACAUGAACAACCUGAAGAGCGCCUACCCCCACAUUAAGGUCGUGAGCUUUAAGGAACUGGAAAAGCUUGGUAGGGAUGAGCCGUUUGACCCUGUCCCUCCCACUCCCGAAGAUCUCUGCUGUAUCAUGUACACCUCGGGAUCCACGGGCACCCCUAAGGGAGUCCCACUUAAGCACAGGAACCUCGUUGCUGCUGUUGCCGGCGUCAGCGUCGUAGUCCAGCCCUUCAUUGGUCCUGGUGAUGGUCUGUUAACUUAUCUUCCAUUGGCCCAUAUUCUCGAGCUUGUUUUCGAAAAUGCCUCUUUAUACUGGGGAUGCACUAUGGGUUACGGAAACCCAAAGACAUUAUCAGAUGCCUCAGUUCGUAACUGUUUUGGCGAUAUUCGCGAGUUCAAACCCUCCGUCCUAGUGGGUGUGCCGGCAGUAUGGGAGUCGGUCAAGAAGGGAAUAACGUCCAAAGUCCACGAAGGUGGUCCGGUCGUCCAGAAUAUGUUCUGGGGCGCAUUGGCGUUAAAGGCUAGACUGUUGGCCACCGGCCUGCCCGGAACUGGCCUGCUUGACUCUAUCGUCUUCAAGAAGAUCAAGGAGGCGACCGGCGGCCGACUAAAGCUCUGCCUCAACGGCGGUGGUCCUAUCGCAAAGGACACUCAACGAUUCAUCUCUAUGGCCAUCGCACCGAUGAUCAUCGGUUACGGCCUUACGGAAACAAAUGCUAUGGGUUCCCUUAUGAACCCCCUUGAGUGGACAUCCGAGACGAUUGGCGCGAUGCCCUCAUGCAUUGAAGUCAAGCUAGUUGACUUCCCGGAUGCGGGUUACUACGCGACGAAUAAACCAAACCCUCAAGGCGAGAUUUGGAUCCGAGGCGCCAGUGUAGCGGAAGAGUAUUACCAGAAUGAGAAGGAGACCAAGGAGAAUAUGGCCCCUGGCGGCUGGUUCAAGACAGGAGACAUUGGUGAAUGGGAUGCCAACGGUCACCUAAAGAUUAUCGACCGCAAGAAGAACUUAGUAAAGACCUUGAACGGUGAAUAUAUUGCGUUGGAAAAGUUGGAGUCUAUUUACCGCUCAACGCAGGUCGUGGCCAAUAUCUGCGUAUACGCGGAUCAAUCGAAGGCUAAGCCUAUUGCGAUCAUCGUGCCGGCAGAACCAGCGUUGAAGAAGCUAGCUGCCGAGAACGGGAUACAUGGGGGUAGCCUGGAAGAGCUUGUGCACGAUAAGAAACUAAAUGGUAUCGUACUGAGAGAGCUUCAAAAUGCCGGACGGUCUGGUGGCCUGUCCGGUAUCGAGAUCAUUGAAGGAGUUGCGUUGUCAGACGAGGAAUGGACGCCGCAUAACGGUCUCGUAACCGCAGCCCAGAAACUCAACCGUAAAGGUAUUCUCGCUAAGUACGAUAAGGAAGUAAAAUCGGCGUAUGCCUCCUCGAGCUAGGUGUCGGGAGACGACCUCGAGCCUUUUUGGGUGUCUUGGCUAGGCUGGUGGUGGUGGUGGUCUUAGCCAAAGAUGAAAAGCUAUACGGGUUAAGUAGGCUUACAUCGUUAGAAUAUCAUAGCACACGGCGGCGUGAGGGAGAGAUUGCAAUUAGAGUUGACGAUCGAGACGACGCUGCGGAAUUUUAUUUCACGAUGGAUGCUGUAUUGGUUUUUUUUAAUUUUGGGUUUAAGCGUUUUUGUACUCGCGUGUACAUUUGUAGAAGAGUCAUAGUACGAGGGAUAAUAGUUCGAGGGACGCAUUAUGCUUGUGCCCUGAAAGCCAACCCUGACGGAAGGGUGGGAGACCUAACAGAUAAUAUAUAAGUCUAGUUAUACUUCC